AUGGCUCGUUUAAUAUUAGAUACUAAUUGUUUUUCUUAUAACAACAAAUAUUACCAACAAACUCGUGGUGGUGCUAUGGGCUCAGCAUUUACACAAGUAUUGGCUAAUAUCUAUAUGUAUGAAUGGGAGCAAGAUUUAAUCAAACAUCAAGCAAUACAUAAUGGAGUAUAUGGAAGGUACAUCGAUGAUAAUGAAAAUGGUCAAUUAAAAACAUCUCUUUAUUAUAAACUAACUACUGAACCUUAUAUAUUGCCAUACACAUCCGAUCAUUCACGACAUAUUCAUCGUAAUAUGCCAUAUGCUGCUCUACUAUGUGCUGCUCGUAUUUGUUCUGACGUACAGGACUUCAAUACAGAAUGUAUUCGUAUUGAUAUGUUCCUAUUAGUAAAUAAUUAUCCACCAAAUUUCAUUAAAAAACAAAUCUAUCGAUUCUUCCAACUGAACAAUGCCAUGCCUAUUGUAAACGAAUUGAAUGAUCAAGUUUAUCAUCGACUACAUCAACAAUUGUUGUCUCAACCAACACAACGUGAAAAACAGCUACAUCUUAUGACACAAGAUCCAAUUUGA